AUGGCCACUGACGAGAAGCCGACGGGCGAGUAUCGCCAAUACCUGCCGGACCUGAAUCUCAAGCGAUUCCAGGUGAUGUGCACACAGGAUGCGCAUGAGUACGCCCACGACUUUAAGACGCUGAAGCAACCCCCAUGGCUGCAUGCGCUGUACAUGCACUGGCUGGAGCUCUUGCAGGAGCCCUUCAAGGGCGUAACCACCGAUGGCAAGGUCCGGCCAGAUCUCUUCACAUUGCAAGAUGAAAAUGUCCCAAUCCAGCAGAUCGUGGACGCGACACAAUUAAUGCUGUCUCUGUUGGACGAGAAGCAGAAAGAAGCCGUGAACUAUCACAUCGACUCGCCACAGUGGCGCACAUGGUCGAACCCGGAAUUUCUCCUCGCACACAAGGGCGUGCGCCUCGACGAGGUCAAUACACAGGUGCGCGAUGCUGUGAUGAAUGUGUUGAAGACCACGCUUUCCCCAGAAGGCUACGAAAAGGCCGUCAACGCCAUGCGCAUCAAUCAUUUCCUCGGCGAGCUCGUCAAGUCACCUCGCGUGAUGAACGAGUUCUCCUAUAAUUUUGUGCUUUUCGGUCGCCCGUCAACAACCCGACCUUGGGGUUGGUCCUUCUACGGCCACCACCUAUGUUUGAACAUUUUCCUGUACAAGGGCCAGGUCGUCGCAUCCCCGUGGUUCACGGGCGCCGAACCGAACGAAAUCGACGCCGGUCCUUUUGCUGGCACCCGCAUCAUGCAAACUGAAGAAAAGCUCGGCCUUCAGCUGAUGCAGUCUCUCUCUGCGAAAUUGCAGUCCCACGCCCGCGUCUUUGCUAUCAUGAAGGAUCCCGCCAUGCCGCCUGGCCGCUGGAACAAGGAUGACCAGCGUCAUCUUUGCGGUGCCUACCGGGAUAACCGUGAGGUCCCUUAUGAGGGCAUCCUUGCAUCGACGUUCAACGAACAGCAAAAGAAGCUUAUGUACGGCAUCCUGGAGCAGUAUCUGCUCUACCUACCGGCCAAGUCGCGCGCCAUGAAGAUUGAACAGAUUCGCCGCUGGGAGGCUGAGACCUACUUCUGUUGGAUAGGUGGCUACGGCAAUGAUGAUCCUUUCUAUUACCGAAUCCAGAGUCCCGUCAUUCUGAUCGAGUUCGAUCACCACUCGGGUGUCUUCUUGAAUAACGAGGAGCCGAAAAAGUUCCAUAUUCAUACUUUGCUGCGAACACCUAAUGCUGGUGACUACGGCCAUGCGCUGCGCGCACAAGUCCCGGCGAUCGAGGGAUUGAAUGGCAAAGAGAUUGUUUGGUAG